ACAACCACAAUACUGCCCACAGUCAGUGGCAAACAGCGGCGAGUCAUGACCACACGCGUGAACUCAAACAUGAGUAACUUUAUAUUUAUAAUAACGAUUCUGUGAUAAUGUGCCGAUUACUUUAUAGUGUUCUAGUUGUAUUAGGUUAUGCAAGUUACUUGCCAGUAAUUAGUCAAUAUGUGGACUCCCCAUGCCCUGGGACUUUUGAGUAUCAAAGUGACGGUGGUGGAGUGUAUGGAGUGAUACAUCUGCAGCCCAAUGGACCUGUGUCUAGCAUACAUGUUACAGUUAAUUUUACUAUAGCAGCUAGAAUAUUUUCGAAUUAUGCGGGUCGUCUACAACCAAUUAAUCCCUCAGGGUUACAGUUCAAUCAAGACUCGCCCAUAGACUACCGAGUAGACUUUCCCGUCACUACACCAUUGCCGAGGCUGACCUACCUCAUCGUCAACGGCAACGUGUUAUGCUACGGACCUGGAGAUGUGCCCCAGCCCAACUUAUACGUGACUACAAUCAGUCUUCAACACAUGCUAUAUCUACGAGGGGGAAGACCGGGAAACACAGGCUUCGACCAAGUUCCCCCUGGGUUCAACCAAGGAUCCAGUCAAGGAUUUAUCCUGCAGGUGCCCCCUGGGUUCAGUCAGGGAUCCAACCAAGGAUUCAAUCAGUUUACCCGGCCGAAGCCCCAGGAUCCAUCGAUUAACAUCAUCUCUUCAUCACCGGAUGCUCAAGUGUUCACGUUUAACGUGGAUGAUAGUGAUCGCACCGGCACUUGGACUGAAGGAUUCCCCCGGCCACAGCCGCAGCCGCAAACCCAACGACCACCACCACCGCCGCCACGACCACCGCCCGUCGAAUACUACCCGGAAUUCACCACUACCACGAGACGACCGCCACCCCCGCCUCCGCCGACACGACCUCAAACUGUUUACCCAUCAACGCCUUCGCGCACCCCCUCCUUCAGUUCCGAGUGUGGCGUAGUCGCGGGAGGUAAUGAGCAUGUGCCACUCGUCUAUCACGGCACCAGCUACACGAGAGGCGACUGGCCGUGGCUGGUGGCCAUCUACAAGCGGAAGGAUGGGAGCCUAACCUUUGCCUGCUCUGGCACACUGGUGUCCGAUCGACAUGUUGUGUCUGCUGCCCACUGUGUGCAGCAGAGAAGUACGCUGACCUCAAUCAGAGAUAUCGUAGUCAAAGUCGGCGUAUAUAACUUAGAGGACUGGGGUGACGAUAUCACGGUCACCAGGACUUUGGAAUCUGCCACCAUCCAUGAAGGAUUUAAUUCUUCGACGUAUGCAAAUGACCUUCUUGUGCUAACAUUCGAUAAGAGCGUAGAGUUUAACACGAAUAUCAGGCCAGCCUGUCUCUGGAGUGGCAACAACGAUCUGAACAGGAUAGUGGGAGCUUCAGGAGUGGUUGCUGGUUGGGGGUCAAGUGAACUAGGUCCCGGCAGCAAAGGAGAGCCUCGCAUGGUGCGGAUACCCGUAGUCAGCACCGCCAUGUGUCGCGCCAGCAGGCCAGACUUCCACGUUUUCACGAGCGACAACACGUUAUGCGCUGGUGAUCGUAACGGCGCUGGUCCUUGUUUAGGUGACUCUGGCGGAGGACUAUAUAUUCUGGACGGCGGUCGCUGGCGUAUUCGUGGCGUAGUCUCAUUAUCGCUUCGUCCGGAAAACGGUGAAUCUACAUGCAAUCUUAACGAAUACGUUAUUUUUACUGAUGCAGCGAAGUUUUUACAGUGGAUUAAAAAUGCCAUAAGUAAUUAAUUUAGGUAGUGAUUUUUAAAUUGACUGUUAGACUAUAAAAAAUAAGUUUUAAGAACACGUUUCAGGUAAUAAAAUCAUCUUGUUUGCCUACAU